ACUAAAACAUGCAGUGACGCGGUGGUAUCGCUAGGGGGAGGUGUUCAGUUGUUUGCAGGAGGAUGUUGUGGACGCAGCUCCUGUAGCGCUGACAACCGCUUAGUCCUGAUUCCAUGUAGCUGUGAAUCAAUUCAAUUUAACGAAACAUCGGAGCAGGUGCGGGUUUUCGCCUUCCAUGGCCGCGGGCUAAUGUGGGCAUCAUGCGGCACCAAUGGCUGCUCCUCGGGGCUUGUGGCUGGGUCCUCCUCGUCCUCAUGUUCGUCAGUAAAUUCAUCAGUUUAAAAACGGAUGAAGGUUACAGACAGACGCCUUCCCAAAGUUGGACAGUUGGAGAUGCAAAGGUGGUGAAACCAGCUUCUGUGCAGAGCCCAGUUAAACAAACUCAACCCCCGUCUCAUCAGCCCUCCGAGUCACCUACGGGAACAUAUUGGCAGGAGGUCUCAGAGAGACGACUGGGACAUCUUUCAGCCGUGUGUAAGAACAGCAGCCUGAGGAAUCAGACUCACGUUUCCAUCAGCAAGUUUGUCCUCGACCGCAUCUUCGUCUGCGACAAACGCAAGAUCUUGUUCUGCCAGACGCCUAAAGUGGGGAACACACAGUGGAAGAAGGUCCUUAUUGUGCUGAAUGGAGGUUUUCCCAGCGUGGAGGAGAUCCCAGAAAACCUUGUCCAUGACCACGAGAAAAACGGCCUCCCCCGCCUCUCAUCGUUCUCUCCGCAGGAAAUAACAGAAAGAUUAGACUCUUACUUUAAGUUCUUCAUCGUCAGAGAUCCCUUCGAACGUCUCAUUUCUGCAUUCAAGGACAAGUUUGUGAAGAACCCCCGCUUCGAGCCUUGGUACAAGCACGACAUCGCCCCGGCCAUCAUCCGGAAAUAUCGCAAAAUCCACCGCGAAAGCGACCUUGCCGCCUCCGGCCUGCACUUCGAGGACUUUGUCCGUUACCUUGGAGACGCAGAGGGCCGUCGGCGAAUGGACCGGCAGUUCGGGGAGCACAUCAUCCACUGGGUGACCUUCGCGGAGCUGUGCGCGCCGUGCGAAAUAAAAUACAGCGUGGUCGGGCACCACGAGACUCUGGAGCACGACGCGCAGUACAUCCUGAGAGAGGCCGGCAUCGAGCAGCUUGUGUCGUAUCCUGCCAUUCCUCCCGGAAUCACGCACUACAACAGAACCAAGGUGGAGCGCUACUUCUCAGGGAUCAGCAAACGGGACAUCAGGCGUCUUUAUGCGCGAUACGAAGGCGACUUUCAGCUUUUUGGUUACCUGGCUCCAGAGUUUCUACUCAACUGAAAUAGCGCUGAUUUUAAAAGAAAUAGCUAUGGUGAUGCAAUAGAGCGUCCUGUGUGCCAUAAGAACUGCAGACUUUAAAAAUAAAAAUUAACUCCUGCUUUAAUUUUGGCAGAUUUGGUUAAAAAUACUCUAAUGUUGAUAAUAAAUGUAUUUAUUUGGGGAUGUUUUCUGGAGCAUAGGGCAUGGGUUAAGGUAUAUUACCAUGUGACAGGCACAGAAGCUGAAGAAUAAAGGUUUUUAUUAGCUAAUUCAAAGAAAAAUGGUAAAUUAAAUCAGCUGUGAAUGGAAUGACGACUGAAUUAUAUUAAAUAUCCAUGCCCGUCUCCUUUUACUUGUGAUCCAGGUGUACAGCCUUGUAAAUGUAGCGAUAUUAUUGCACUGUUUGGAUGACCAGAUCCAGAGAUGUAUCCUAUUGGAGGAAGUUAUGGAUGAAGCUCAAGGUGCAUCUCCAUAAAUUAGAUGAUUGUGGAAGUUAAUUUCAAUAGUUCGACUGAAUCUUUGGUACUAAUUCCUCACGGAUUUACGAUAUUUUAGAUGCACUUGUGAGCGGAAAACAAGUGAAGGAAGAAAUGAAGGCUUUUAUGACUUAUUGAGCAACAUGACCUUUUUUACACUUUUAUAGUAGUUUGCUUCGACCAUGGCAGAUGAAUGUCCUGUCCAACAGAAACGGCAUAACAGCUGGAAUCGCCGACUACCUUCAUGCUGCUGCGAAUAAAAACUGACACUGGGUUUUAAAAGCUACCUUUUUCUACAUGAAAUGUAACACUAAAAUGUUAACAUUAUUUGCAAUUAAACAUUUGUAUUAAAUGUUUCUCUUUAUUGUGUUAACUUGGUGAUUUGGGGUUGCAGGUUUGGAGUUUCUGAGUUGUGAGGAAUUGUUGGGUCCCUGUGGGAUGUUGUUUCAGACACUGGGUUAAAAUAAAAUGUGUAAAAUAC